AUGGAGGGCACGGCGCAGCUUGUUUCCACCGUCGGGCUGCGGGUUGGUGAGGAGUUCGGGCAGCUCCGCCGCGUUGGUCGAGAUGUGGCUGAGCUCAGAGAUGAGCUGGCCACCAUGAAUGCCAUCCUCCGCAUGCACUCUGAAGCUGACGAGGGCGACGUGGACCACUUCGUCCGGGAGUGGAUGAAGCAGGUGCAAGAGCUCGCAUAUGAUUCGGAGGACUGCAUCCACCUCUAUAUUUUCCGGAUCAGGUGCCGGCGUAGCGACGGCCUUGUCGCCUGGUCCAAACGCGUGCUUGCCACUCUUUUUCCUCGACAUCGCCUAGCAGGCGACAUCAAGAACCUCCGCGCCCGUGCGGUUGCCAUCAGCGAGCGCCACGCUCGGUACGGCGUCAGCAGAGAAGCACUGCGCCGCUCUCCUUCUUUGGCUUUCGCCCCCACGCCGCCGGCAGCGUCCUCAUCCCCAUCUGCGCUUGGCCCUGCCAACGACCCUGGCCACCUCGUCGGCAUCAUCGAGCAGGCUAACAUCCUUGGAGAGAAGGUGAAGGCGGUAGAUGACCAAGAGAGGGACAUGAAGCUUAAGGUGUUCUCCAUCGUGGGGUUUGGAGGGGUUGGAAAGACUACGCUGGCCCUGGAGGCGUGCCGGCAGCUGGAGUCCGAGUUUCAACGCCAAGCACAAGUGUCUGUGUCCCAGAUCUUCAACGCGGAGAAGGAUAUGGAGGGGCUUCUGCAGCGCGUGAUUCAGCAGAUCGUGAAGCCAAAAGCAAAUAAUGAGGAAGGCAUCAACGUGGAGGAAUCUCCCCAGGGCAACAUGACUUUGAAAGAGCAGCUCGAGUCGACACUCCAGGACAAGAGGUACCUAAUUGUGAUCGAUGAUGUGUGGACCAUAGCAGCUUGGGAUGCAAUCCUAGCCAACUUGCCAGAGAACCACCGUGGAAGUAGAAUCCUGGUGACAACUCGGAUAGCGACAGUGGCUAAAGCAUGCAGUAAUAGAAGUGAGUAUAUCUAUCCAAUCGAGCCCCUGAAUUCAGAAGACUCCAAGAGGUUGUUCCUCAGUAGAACAUUUCCAUCCGUUGGUGCCACUUGCCCUGAUAGCUUAAAAGUUGCAAUGCAAGAUAUUUUGAGAAAAUGUGGUGGGCUUCCAUUGGCCAUUGUCAGCAUUGCCAGCUUCUUGAGAAACUAUAAUUCACCAGAUGGAAAAGAUAUGUGGGAAAGAGUUUCCAAGUCGAUUGGAUCUCACAUGGAGAGCCAACCUAGCCUUGAGAGGAUGAGGCAGAUAGUCACACUCAGCUACAACCAUUUGCCUCAUGAUAUAAGGUGUUGCAUGAUGUAUCUUAGCAUUUUCCCAGAGGAUUAUGCGGUCAACAUGCAUCGUCUGUUGCAUAAAUGGAUUGCUGAAGGAUUGGUUGCUGAGGUGCGUGGAUUGACCUUGCUGGAGGUUGCCCAAGCAUACUAUGAAGAACUUCUCAGUAGGAAUAUGAUUGUUCAGGCAGCAGAGGAAGUUAGAAACGAGGUUAGCAGGGAGACGUGCCGAGUGCACGACAUGGUGCUUGAGGUCAUGGUGUCUAAAUCACUAGAGGCCAACUUUGUUAGCCUGAUAGGUGGGCCGUACGAAGGGAUGGCAUAUGAUAAGAUUCGUCGUCUCUCCAUCCAUGGUGAAGAAGAGGAAUCUGUGGACUUGACAUCCAAGAAAAAGGGUGUGAGGAAUAUAGAGAUGGAGGUAAAACAUGUCCGAUCACUGAGCAUGUUCAAUAACCAAGGGCACCACCUGCUUGAUAGACUGGGUGAAUUCACCCUACUAAGGGUACUUGACCUGGAUCACUGCAAGGGCCUACAGAACAAGCAUAUGGGAGAUAUUUGCCGGUUGUACCUUCUUAGGUACUUGAGCAUGAGGGAAACAAAUGUCAGUGUGAUGCCUCCGGAAAUUGGUAAGCUGGAGCAAUUACUGACACUUGACGCGCGUGGCACGCUCCUUGAAGGCCUUCCAGAAACUGUGAUCAAGUUGCUUAAACUUGAGCGCCUGUUUUUCAGCAGCAUCUGUGUCUGGGAAGUUCUGUGGACGCCGCCCAGGGGUGUCUCAAAAAUGAAGGCUCUGCGCGAGGUGAUUAAAAUUGGCAUCUCAGACGACAUUGAGGUUGUUAAAGAGAUUGGUAAACUGCAACAGAUGCAGCUGAUACACAUCUUCGUGAAAAGGAGCGUACCUAGUGAGGAGGUCCUUCGGGAGCUUGCCGUCUCUCUGAGCAAGAUAUACUCUAUGCGGUCACUCAACAUUGGGCAGAUAGGUAACACGGCUAAUACAUUGGACUUUCUACAUUACGUCUCGCCGCCACGGCUCAUUCGUAAGAUAUGGAUUUCUGGCAGCAUGGGUGGAUUGCCGUCCUGGAUCGGGUCACUCACAUAUCUUGAAGAGAUCGAGCUUUUGUGCGCAUUCCUUGUUGAUGACCAACUAUUCGAAAUUCUGUGCGAGUCCCCCAACCUGAAGAGCAUCAUUUUGCAUCGUAAUUUCUGGACUCGAAGGGAGCUUGUUGCACGGACCGCACACAAGUUUAUGGCGCUCAGAAGCUUGCAUGUGUCCCUUGCUGAUGAAUUUCCCGAAGUUCUGCGAUUCGAGCAAGGAGCCAUGACAAGCCUAGAGAGUCUUUCUCUGCAUAUAGGUGAUAAUAACAACAACUUUGACGGCAUCGAGCACUUAACAAACCUCAAAGAGGUGCACCUCUCUGGUGGUAGAGACUACUCUGCAAUGAAGCUUGCCCUCGACAUGCUAAAAGCGGAGAAUGAGAGGCGGCACUCCGAAGUGUUCAAGAUCACAGUGAGAUAUUAAUCGCUCGCUUUUCUCACUCUGCUUGCUGCAAAUCUGUCGAUUACCCAUUAGUUUAUCUGUUUUAGUAGACUUGUGGCUGAAGACCCUUUUGUUGUGGUUGUUUGUCAAGUUGUAGUGGCGCGUGAUGCCAGCAGUUUGAACU